AUGGCAACAGAGAACAAUAACUCGGACUCGUUCUCUUUGCUACCAGAUCCACUUCUUCUUCCUAUCGUUUCUUUCCCACCAUUCAAAGAAGCCGCAGCAAGAACAUGCAUACUCAACAAAAAAUGGUUGAACGCAUGGCAACCCGGAAACGACAUUGACUUCGACGAAAACUUCUUUGUCGAUUCAACUUCCGAUGAAAUCAAGCAAGCACAAAGAAAGGUUUUCAUCGACUUCAUUACAAACUGGAUUGCACACUUCACUCACCGCGACAUUAACAAAUUCUCCCUCAAGAUUUCAAAUCCUCAUUCUUGUAGAAACACAAUUGAAAGCUGUGUUGAGUUCGCCACACAGCGCAGGGUGAAAGACUUAACCCUAGAUUUCUCAUACAAGAAAAACUACAAUAAUAACAAUAAUGCUUUGUUUCCGGUGCCAACGCAAGUUUAUCAACAAGGAUCAUCAUUGGAAACACUGAAAUUGAGUUCGUGUGGUUUCGAUGUGCCAGAUUCUCUUAACUUCAAUGCACUUAGAGACUUGUCUUUGAGUUGGAUUGAUGUUAAAAUCAAAACUCUACAAACUUUGUUGUCAACUUGUAGCACUAUUCAGAGUUUAAGCCUUGAAAAGUGUUGGGGUUUGGAACACUUUGAUUUGGGUUAUGAACCAGUUUGUUUAACAAGGUUGGUGGUAAAUAAAUGCGAAAUAGAAUCGGAUUAUAUAUCAUUUAUUGCACCAAGGCUUGAAUAUUUUAAGUAUUCUGGACUUGUGUUUACUUCGGAUAUAAAUGCGAAAGAGAUACAAGAGGUGGACAUUGAUUUUGCCCUAGAAUCAAGAUUCAACGAAUGUGGCAAUGAGUUAUGCCGUAUUCUGCUAGAUUUUUCUGCAGCUAAGAUUCUAAAAGUUUGCAGUUAUCUACUCCAGGUUAUUCCAUCUGGAGACGAACCGGUGCGAAUACAAGGAGAUUUGAACAUAAAACAUUUGAUUCUGAACACUGAAAUGCAUCCUAAUGAGUUAGGUGGAUUGGAAUUCUUACUCAACAGUUGUCCUUUAAUGGAAAAACUCACAUUGAACAUAGGAUCAGGAGUUAUAUUUGAGGACUAUGAACAUCCCUUUGACGUAGAUCUUAAACAAUUCUGGAAAGGUAGAAGAGUAGUACCUGAAUGCUUGAUAAGAAGUUUGAAGGUGGUGGAAGUCAAUAAAUCGAAAACAACAGACUCUGAACUUACAACUUUGUACUUUUUUAUGCGUACAGGGAAAGUGUUGGAGCAGAUUAAUAUUCAUAUUUGUAUUGCAGAUGAUGGUCUUAAAGAAAUUCGAUAUGCUCGUGCGAGGUAUUUGAAGACUGCUAAAAAGUGUUCAAAUAUUUUGCAAAUAUCAGUUUGUUGA